GACAGUAAAAGAAGAGGCUGCCAUAUUGCAGUGAUACAGCGACUUUACCUGACAGAAGACUGAGCACCGUUGGCUUUCUGGUACAAAGAUGCUUUCAGCGCAUACUUUUGGAGACUCUGGGAAGAUGAAAGAAUAUCAUUAUACUGGUCCAGUAGAGCACCGGUUCUCGCCGUACGCUUUCAACGGAGGAACUGUACUAGCUGUCGCCGGGGAAGACUUCGCCAUCGUAGCCUCAGACACCAGGCUAAGUGAAGGCUAUUCAAUCCACAGCCGGGACUCACCAAAAUGCUACAAGCUGACAGACACAACUGUCAUAGGAUGUAGUGGUUUCCAUGGUGACUGCCUGACUCUGACCAAAAUCAUUGACGCCAGACUAAAGAUGUACAAACACUCAAACAAUAAGACAAUGACCAGCGGAGCCAUCGCAGCCAUGUUGUCUACCAUCCUGUACGGCAGGAGGUUCUUCCCCUACUAUGUCUACAACAUCAUCGGAGGACUGGAUGAGGAGGGCAGGGGAGCAGUUUACAGUUUUGACCCGGUGGGGUCCUACCAGAGAGACACCUACAAGGCCGGAGGAUCGGCGAGUGCCAUGCUACAGCCGCUGCUUGACAACCAGAUUGGUUUUAAGAACAUGGAGGGUGUGCAGCAUGUCCCUCUGACUAAGGACAAGGCGAUCCAGCUGGUCAAAGAUGUCUUCAUCUCGGCCGCAGAGAGAGAUGUCUACACUGGAGAUGCCCUUCGGAUCUGCGUCAUCACUAAGGAGGGCAUUAAUGAGCAGACUGUACCUCUGAGGAAGGACUGAGGAGUAAAAAUGAUGUUUCCAUCUGCCUCUGCUUUCUUCUUUGGUCUGUUCUUUCUACAUACACCCUGUAGGUUUGGCCCUCUUACAUCAACUUUCUUAUAACAGGAGUUUUGAUCCAUAGGUUGCUUCAGGUAGCCUCUUAUGAGGCUUUUACUGGGGAACAGUCAGUUCACUGUCAUUUCAAAUGUAUGCUGUUCUCCAGCUUUCCACUAUUAUCCCCCUAAUAUUUUCACUGUUGGCACAUCCAUGUAAUUGUGGAUAGGUAACCUGAUUCUAGAUCAGCACUCCUGCUCUAAGAAGCAAGUUCUUCGCUCACCUUUUCCUGGAUUCUGCCUCUGCAUUUUUCAUUAUGUUUUGGAAGGAUACAUACUCUGCUAUUCUUUUUACAUUCUUAAUAAAUGUAAAGAACGGAAAAGUCUGCUGCUCUUGUUCACUGCAUGUGUCCACACACGUACACUCCACUUCAGAUAGACUUAGCACCGUUACAGUAAGUUUUACCCUAAUUAACAAAUAGGAUCAUAAGACUUCAAGUUCAGCAUCUCAAAAAUGUCAGGGCCUGUGGAUAUUACAGUGACAUGUACCUGCCUCUUCCUUCUUGUACUUACUUACCUGUCCAUGCUCCACAUCUAUCACUUAACAGGAUGGUGUUUCCUGUAGCUGUAGAUUGUUGGGUUUCUUUACAUAAAUAGUAACUGACUCGUCAAAGUUUUGUCAGUGUACUGGGAAAUAAAAUAUUUUAUUAACUCCAGUGGUAAAUUGCACAAAGUGGACAAAAAGGGGGUACAAGGCAUUGGCAAACUGUUCCUAUUAGGUGAAACCAGUCACCUUAACUCUGAACCUAACAAAGAAUGAGAAGAGUAGGACAAGUUCAGUACUUCUUAGCAGCAGAGGGUUACGACAUACAGUAUAAGUAAUCCACUGCAUGUUGAAUCUUAAAACUCAAAUUACAAUGCGUGAAGAGGAAAAAAAAAUCUUUUUAUUGUUUUUGUUUAUGGAGAAUAAAAGGGGCUGAUCAUUUCAUCUGCUGGACAUUUGCCUCACUCAUGCCACAAUCAGAGACAUAGUGAUCAGAUGACAUUCCCGGGUGACAUGGAGGAGAGAAGCAGAUGAAAAUCAAAAAUGUAAGCGUAUAAACCUUUUUUUCUGAUGAGCAACUUAUUUCCAAAACCACAAACGGAUGCUGCAAAGUGUAAGUGGCCUUUUAGACCUCUGUUCUUGCGUAUAUUUUUUCCUCACACUGUCUUUUGUUAAUAUUGUGCUCAGAGAGAAACAAGGGUGGGUAACAUUUUUGUUUGAGCUGUCUUCUGUUUUAUGUUAGGAGUUUAGAUGGAGAUUAUUUUUUCAGUAGUAAUCAGUUGUUUUGAUUCAGUUACAUCCUUUGUUCACGUUUACACCAAGGAUCAGCUGAAUGUGCUGAAGCCAUCCCAGCAGAAAUCCAGAGGAGUCAGCUACACAAACAGGAUGCAGAGGAGUAACGAGGAGAUGAUGAACCACUACAACAGAGACUGAUGGAGAACAGCAUGUCUCCCUUAUAUUAUCAUGAAGACAUGGCUCCAAUAACAUACUGAAGAUUCUCUGGAUCCCAUAGCUACCAUCAAAGAUUUACUUUCUCUUUCUUCUAUGCGUGAUGUGCAGUUGUAACAAAGCAGUUUCCCUGUCGAUGUCAAUAAAGUUUUUCUGAUUCUGA